CGUCGAAGGCGACAGUUGUACUCUCCGCCUCCAAUCAGCUGAUCCUCAUCAUCAGCCUUUCCAAUUGGACUCGCGAUCGCUUCGCCCACAAGUUUCAGUUUAUUUUCGGUCAGAUGUGCUAAUAAUCCCGCGAGUGCCAACUAAUUUUGCCGGCGUUCCCACAGUGCAAGUGAUCGUCUUCCCAUAAGACGGAAGAUUCCUUCAGCUGGCCGAAGGCCACAAUGAAAUCAAAGUACGAGAACAUGAAGAUCAUCUACAAUCGUAGCAAGAUCGGCUGGUACUGGGCCCCGCUUUUUGUGUCCUGCUGGUUCCUGCUCUUCUAUCUGGUGGUCAUACCCAGUUUCCACCGCAUGCCAAAACUGAAAACCCUCGAGGAUGAACUUCAGGAGCCGGGUCAGUUCAUUGGUGAGCGGGCUGAGAACACUCUCUUGAGGCUCACGAAGAUCGGUCCCAAGGUCGUGGGUAGUGCGGCCAACGAACAGGCAGCCGUCCAGUUCCUGCUCAGCGAAAUAGGCGACAUCAUCGGUGAGGCGCGCUUGGACCUCUACGAUAUCGAGAAAGAUGUCCAGGUUGCCUCCGGAAACUAUCUCCUCUGGUCGAUGGUCAAUGUCUAUCAGAGCAUCCAGAAUGUGGUGGUAAAGCUGACGCCUAAGAAUGCCACCAGUGAGGCUGCCCUUUUGAUCAAUUCCCACUUUGACUCCGUUCCGGGAAGCUCGGGAGCUGGAGAUGCAGGCAUGAUGUGUGUGAUCAUGCUGGAGGUCCUGCGGGUGAUUACGAAGUACGAGACUCCACUCACCUACUCGGUGGUGUUCCUCUUCAACGGAGCCGAGGAGAAUCCGCUGCAAGGCAGUCACGCCUUUAUCACUCAACACCCUUGGGCGCAGAAUGUGAAAGCUGUCAUCAACUUAGACUCUGCUGGCAGCGGAGGACGAGAAAUCCUGUUUCAAUCCGGACCCGAUCAUCCUUGGCUGAUGAAGUACUACGGAAAGAACAUAGUUCAUCCAUUUGCCUCCACUAUCGGAGAGGAAUUGUUCCAGAAUGGCUUCGUCCCCUCGGAGACCGAUUAUCGCGUGUUCCGCGACUACGGCCAUAUACCCGGUCUUGAUAUGGCGCAGACUUUGAAUGGCUAUGUGUACCACACCAAAUACGAUCGCUUUAAUAUCAUCCCACGGCGCACUUACCAGCUGACUGGCGAGAAUAUCUUGGCUCUGGUCAAGGCCCUGGCGAAUGCAGAAGAACUGGAGAAUCCAUCGAAAUACGCCGAGGGUCAUAUGAUAUUCUUCGACAUGAUGGGCUGGUUCUUCGUCUACUAUCCUGAGAGCACGGGCGUCAUCAUCAACAUAUCCGUGUGUGUCCUGGUGUGCAUCACCAUUGUGGGUUAUAUCUGGAUCAUGUCCAGCAGUACGGGCAUGUUCCGUCGACGCAUCUGGGCAAAGUUUGGCAUUCUCACCGCUCUUCAGGUUACUGGUGUUGCCUUAGGCAUCAGCCUGGUUAUGGGGAUAGCCUUGUUUCUGGAUGCAGUGAAUCUUCCCAUGUCCUGGUUUUCCCAAAACUGGAUGCUCUUUGGCCUCUACUUCUGUCCAAUGAUAUUCGGCAUGGGCAUAGUGCCGGCUAUCUACUUCAGUCGCACCAAGGAGCAUGGCUUGCCUUUGGGCUAUGGCAUUCAGCUCUUGAUGCACUCUCAUUGCCUAAUCCUAACCGUUGUCACCGCCAUAAUGGUGAGCUAUGGCAUUCGAUCGGCCUUUGUCAUAAUGCUCUGCAUAGGCUUCUACACACUGUCUGUGCUGGUUAACAUGGUUACCAAGGCCCAUAAAACAAAUUUCCUCUGGCUUAUACCACACUGCACGUGUCAGGUGCUGCCCUUCCUGUUCUACACGUACUGCUGCUACGCCUUCUAUGUGGUUUUUGUGCCCAUGCAGGGACGCGAAUGUAACACCAAUCCGGAGAUCUUGAUGGGUUUCUUUACAGCUCUGAUGGUCCUACUAUUUGCACCUUUCCUGGUGCCUUUGUUCUGCCUGUUCCGCAAGUCAAAAACCAUUAUCUCAUUUUUUGGGAUCUGCACGAUUGUAUUUAUUAUAUUAGCUGCCACACCCAUUGCCUUCCCCUAUGCCGAGAAGACAGCAGCCCAACGAUUUUUCGCUGUGCACACAGCUCGUACCUUCCACAAUGGCGAUGCUGCAAGCACUGUUAGCCACACGGAUUCGGGUUACUUUGUCCUUCCUGUAGAUCGACGUCCUCACACUGUGGAUGACAUUCUCUUUGAGAACACCAACUUUACCAAGGCAGACCGUAUGGAUUGUGAUUCGGAGCUUAUGUGUGGCUUUCCUAUAUACAGCUCUCGUUGGCUAAAUGCAGUUGACAACAGCUACUUUGUACCUGGCCCAGAACCCAACAAGGAUUAUAUCCCUACACUGACCAUUUUGGAUAAAACGAGUAGUUCGGCAACGAAUAUUAAGUUCGAUCUAGAGAUUUCUGGUCCAAGUCACACAAGCAUAUUCAUUCUACCCUUAAACGAUAGCAAGCUAGUGGAUUGGUCAUUCAUCAGAGAUCCAAUAGACACAGAUGUAAAGCCUCCUUACUAUGUGUACUGGUCGUAUGCCUUGGAUCCCAGGCCACUGCAGUUUUCUCUAGAAUUCGAGCACGACGAUCCUAACUGGUCGGGGGGCACCUUUAAAAUUGCCCUCAUGGGCCACCGAAUACACGACGACAUGUACGUAACGGAGGACUUCAGGCAGUUCCUGGCCACGUUUCCACCCUGGGCGCACGUUAGCUCCUGGCUCGGUUCUUACAACAGUUGGCAACUCUAAACGGAGGUCCAAAGUUCCUCUACGAACUCAACUCAAUCCCAUAUUUGCCAUGACACCUCAGCUACUGUUAGCCUUGGUACUACUGAUUAUUCGUACCAUUAACCCAAAUCCAACGAACAAAGUGUCAAUGCCCAUGGCACGUCCUAACUUGUAAUUGUAUUUACGAUUAGAACACUGUAGUUACUACUUUGUAAUUUUAUUAAAAUAUACUAUAAAUUAUUUAUUAAGAUAA